GGAGGGUGACUUGAGUCAGGGAGGGAAAAAAAUGGGUGGACGGAAAGUCCCUGCGUGGAAAUCCCCCUGACUUGGGCUUUAUUUCCCCCUCUCUUUAUCUCUUCUUUAAUUUCAUGGUUUUAAACCUUAUCGUCUACGUCCACGCGUGGUGUCGUUGUGAACGAGAGGGCUCGUCAAAGUGCGAGCGCCCGCACCUCCCAAAAAAUAGCCGCGCCAAGAGAAGACGCUCGAAUGGCGCCUAGCGAGAGGACGAGGCUGGCGAGCAUCCGGCGGGCUUUGUUGUAGCACCAGCCCCCGCGCACGUCGGACAGUUUCCGCCUUGGACCACCGCCGCUUUACCAUCCGCUGGUUCCCCUUCCCUGCUGCCAUGUCGCAGGGCCAGAACUUCCUCCCCAAGUUCCUGUUCGUGUCCAAUCUGUUGAAAGCGGUGAAGAUCCGCCAGCGAGUGCCCAACGAUGUGGUGAAGCCGGCGGCCAGCGGCGGCCUGAUGCACCACCUGCGCGGCAUGCACCGCUACACGCUGGAAAUGAUCGCGAUGAACCAUUUCCCACAGGCCUUCCGGGAGGUGGUGCAGGCCGCCAUCUUGGACCGGGUUAUGCAGGCCUCACUGGAGCAGGAGAAGAAGCUCAACUGGUGUCGGGAGGUGAAAAAGAUGGUUCCCUUACGGACCAACGGAGAUGGCAACUGUUUGCUGCACGCUGCCUCCCAGUACAUGCUUGGGGUCCAGGACACCGACUUGGUCCUCCGGAAAGCCCUCCAUGGAGUUUUGAAAGAGACGGACACAGGCGUCUUUCGGGCACGGUUUCAGGCGGAACUUCUGCACUCCCAGGAGUUCACCCAGACGGGCCUCCGCUACACCACAAUGAACUGGGAGGACGAAUGGGAAAAAAUUGUAAAGAUGGCGUCUCCAGUCUCUAGUAGCAACGGCCUUCAGUUUGACUCACUGGAGGACAUUCACAUCUUCGUCCUGUCGAACAUUCUUCGAAGACCCAUCAUCGUCAUUGCAGACCAGGUGCUGAGGAGUAUGAAAUCUGGAUCAACCAUCUCCCCCCUCAAUGUGGGCGGUAUUUAUCUCCCGCUGCACUGGCCGCCGGCCGAAUGCUACAAGUACCCCAUCGUGCUGGGCUACGACUCACAGCACUUUGCGCCCCUCAUCACCAUCAAAGACAGCGGCCCUGAGAUUCGAGCUGUGCCACUGAUCAAUCCUGGAAGAGGAGGUUUUGAAGAGCUGAAAGUGCACUUCCUGAUUGAGAAGGAGCAGCAGCUGAAGGAGAGGCUCCUCAAAGACUACCUAUUGCUCAUCGAGAUCCCUGUCAUCGGUUUGGGAUACGAUGCCACACGCAUUAUCAACGCCGCACGGCUGGACGAGGGCAACCUGCCCGAAGACAUGAACCUGAUGGAGGACUACUUGCAGCUUGUCAACCACGAGUACCAGCGCUGGCAGGAGGACAAAGAGCAGGCAUGGGCAGCCCAGCCCCAGCGGCCUCCACCCUUUUCCGUCUCGCAGCUUUCGCUCAUCGAGAUCCGCUGCGCCACGCCACGCUGUACAUUUUACGUGUCAGUGGACACGCAGCCACACUGCCACGAGUGCUUCGAGAAACGCCAGGCCACGACCGGUACCAGAAUAGAAGGCCUGGUGCACACCAAAGGCGGCGGCUCGGACAGCAGCGAGGGGAGUUCCAGAGGGGGACGGAGCAGCAGCCCGCCGUCCUCCUCGUCCAGCCGGCUGGUGGUGCUCUCCAGCCCGCGCUCGGCCCCGCCGCCCACUGCGCCCAGCCUCAGCUUGUAUAGCGAAACGCACGCCAUGAAGUGCAAGACCCCCGGCUGCCUCUUCACCCUCAGCGUGGAGCACGAUGGACUCUGUGAGCGCUGCUUUAACGGCAGGCAGACUCAGGCACCGCCCGGAGCCGGCACAGGCCCGGACGCCAUAGCCUCUCACACGGUUGCGGCCCAGGGUCCCGGGUGGAACCAGUGGGGGACCCGUGGGGUGGAGACGGAGCGCUGCAGCAUGUGCAGGCAGGAAGCUUUUAGGACAUUCAACGGGCUGUGUCCACCCUGCAUGCAAAGACAGCAGGUUCUGGAAGGGGGGGAGUCGCAGCCCGUCAAGCCAAGGACCGAGGCCUCAUCUUCGGCUUGGAGCCAGCCAAGGGACCCCGAGCGGCCUUGCCUCACUCUGACGCCGGGACAUGCCUCCGCCUGGCAGACCCCCCUCGCCAGGCCCUGUAAAAGAUCAGGUUGCCAGUUCUUUGGGACGCCGGAGAAGUUGGGUUUCUGCACUAUCUGCUACGUAGACUAUCAGACCAACCACCACCUGACACCACCUCCCCCAGCCCCGCCUCAGAGCAGGCACGCCGUGGAAGCCGGCUUCCAAAACGCCACACGGUGUCGCGGGCCAGGGUGCGGCGCGGUGGGCAAGGCUAUGCUGGAGGGCUACUGCGACAAAUGUUACGUCAAAGAGCAAAGCGCACGACUCAACCAGGUCACGCACCGCACGCCACACUCCCCUCCUCCUGUUAUGCGCGACCGAGCCACCAAACCCAGAUCCACACAGCAGUCACAGACACAAACGCAGACGCAGUGCCGGCGGAGCGGCUGCAGCAACGUGUCUCCGGGCUGCACGGAUCUCUGCCCUGAGUGCCACACGCGGGGCCAGGGUCGGGACCCGGGCCGGCGGGCGCAGGCGCCCAAGGAGAAAUCUAAGCAGCGGUGCCGGACGCAGGGCUGCGACCACUACGCAAACCAGGAGAAACAGGGCUACUGCAACGAGUGUGACCACUUCAAACAAAUCUACCGCGGCUGAACCGAGGAGCCUCUCUCGUUCUAACUAACCAACUAACUAACUAGCUAGUGACUAACUAGUAACCUUAUGGCCUGAAAAUCACCCCCUCAUCCACAUAACUCUUUCCUCCCCCGUGUAGAAUGUGAAGCGAGUAUGCGUGUGUGCACGUGGGGGGAUAAGUGAAUGUGUGCAUGUGUGCGCGCGAAGUAGACAUGGCCUCCACAAUACCUCUUUGUGCAAUUAUGACCAUCCGACGAGCUGCGGCCGCACGUGUACAAAAUGUAUUUAGAGGUACCUGCCCACUCGUGCCGGAAGCAAUGAUUGUACAUCAACCGGAAGCAUCUGACUUUUCUUUAUAUUAUGAUUUGCCUUCUAGAGCCAGUGUUUCCCAACCUGUAUUGAGUAAACUGACAUAUCUUAUGGAGGAUCUGAAGCCACACCACAAAACAAUAAGUGACGGGACUAAGUUCUGCCACAAAUAAUAAAAAGCAGAGUUUAAUUGACGCUUCCCUCGAGAAAGCUUAUAAAUCCACCAUCCUAGAAAAAUGGGAAAAUGAUAAGUGAACAAAGAUAUAAUUACUAUUAAAAUAUAAAUAAAAAAUAAUAAUUUUCUGACCAGUUGAGUGAUAUUGGGAAAAAAACAAAUGUCUUGUGGCCAAGUGGUUGGGAAUCACUGUUCUAGGCCACAGCCAAGGAUUUCUAGCCCUCGUCUGUCUGUCUGUCUUAGGAUUCGUUCUCCAGGGUAUAUGAGAGAGAGAGUGGAAGAGUUGUGACCAAUCAAAAUUUAGCCCACCUCCCCGGUCCUGAACGUUCACUGUUCUUGCCAAAAAAAAAAAAAAAAAAGCUCUUACAAUCAACACAUUGUCAUCGCACCUUCUGAAAGUCAUUUAUGUAUGUUACUAAUGCUAAAUGAAAUCAUGUCUUUCCAAACGUACAUGGGAAUUAUUUUGGAAAAGUACAUUUUCCGAUGUCUCCUGUAAUGCACUCAAUGGAAAUGUUGACCAGGGUAGAGAUUUGGCCAAAAGUGGCUUGUCUCCUUUAUAUUACGUCACAUUUAUAGGACAAGAAUUUCAUAAAAUGUUCAUUGCUGGAUUAUUGUUUUCAAUUAGUCGUUUAUUGCUCAGUUUUCCAUACCUAAGAAUCAUUUUGAUCAUUUGACUCAGCGUUGCAAGACAGGGUUAAUACAAACUUUUACUUAUUGCAGUAACAAAGUAACUAAAGUUCUAAUCUUGUAACUAAAUCGUAAUCUCCUGAGGAUAAAAUUAUAGUCUUACAAGAAUGAAGAGUUUUUUUAUGAGAAUAAAACCGUUUUUUCCUAGUAAAAACAAGUCUCCUGUUAACAAAGCUGUAUUUUCUUAGAAUGAAGUAUAAAAUUAAUAAUGCAUCAUUUUUAAUGUAUUUUUUUCGAGGAUAAAGUUUCAACUUUUUUUUUUAAAAGAAAAUCCUAACCUUACAAAAAUGUAGACGUAUUUUUUCAAUAUUCAAGUUUUCAUAAUGAAAUUUUACGAGAAUGCAGUUGUAACUUUACUAAAAGGAAGUCAUUUAUGGGGAAAUAAAAUCAUAAUGAAAAAAUGAUUUAUACUUUUUUUUUAAGCGUAUUUUUUGGGGUAUGGAAUGAAGCACUUUCCCACAAAUGGCGACUAAAUUUUGACGUAAGCCUUAUUUUUUCUCAAAAUUUUGUUGAACUUUUUUGUUACAAAAAAUAUAUAUUUUACUGACACAUAGUAAGGGGGGGAAGAAGUUGUUUUCUUGUAAAUACAUUAUUUACAAAAAAGUCACUUAUAAGAAAUAUGACUUUAUUGUUGUAAGACCGGAUUUUUUUCUGAAAACGCAAAUAUCACAACAACAAAAAACUAAGAUAUAAUCCUUACAUCACUUUAAUUUUCCUUUAACAUAUUUCUUUAUUCAUUGCAAAUGAUAAUAAUAAUAAUAAACUUUAUCAGAAUUUCAUUUUUGUUUGACAUGCCAGUGCAUCAAACAUCUAUUUUCCCACUAUUUCAGCUUCGCACAGAGAUUUAUUCCAAAUGCACUUAGUAUGGAGGGGCUGUAGUAAAUAUACUGUGCAGUUAUAAUAUUGUUGGGUGGGGGGAGAUCCCCAUGUACGUGUGGACUUAUGUAACUCUAUGUUUAAUAUUAAAGAGUGUAAGACAGACAGGGCAGGCCCCUUCUGGUUGUGGUGCUACAUGCACAGAAAGCCUUUCCACUGCAGCCAGUGGAGACUCCAUUCAGCAUUUACGUUCUACCUUUUUAAAGCCCCACUUACAACAGAUCAGUUGCCUUGGAUGUUGUUUUUUGCCUGUUUACGGACCACUUAAGCACCUAUAUCCAGACCAUAUGCACGCACACACUUACACGUAAACAAACAGACUUAACCAUUUGAUUGCCUACUUGGUCUGGCGCAAUGAAUCUGAAUGUGUUUGUGCUGCUGCUGCCGCUGCAACAGCACAGUAUUGUAAUGGGGCUGAUCCUCCUGAAGUUUUGCCUUUAAGACGGACCAGAGGAGUCUGAUGCCCGGAUCAGCACUCUCAUUUAUUUUUGUUAUUCUAACCCUCCUGUUAAAUCUCGCCAAAAUGUUAAGGUAAUGUUUUAACGUGCUGAAACACGUGAAUUAUCCUCAUUGGUGAGAGGCCAUGGAUGAAAUAUUGAUUAAAAUUGUUAUAAUUUGAGUUAAUGUUCCAAAAAAUUCAGAAAUUACAUAUAAACAAUGGAAAUUAAGAUUUUUGUUUUAUCUGUAGACACAUCCCAGGUGAGCUUUGAACCAGCAUGGUUUUAUCCAGAGAAAAGCGUUAACAGGAGGGUUAAAGUGCAUUUGUGAAUAUGGAUCUGGGUCUGUACUGUAGGACCUUCUGACCUGAUGCCUCAUCUUAAAACACACUCGAAGACGUGUGGGUCUCAAAACUGACAUUCCUGUUUUGUUUUUUACUUGGAAUUUUUUGGGUGUUAGUUCCAGAUCUAUUUUAAUAAUGCUUUGUUUUCCUUUUUGGUGUUGUUUUUGCCAAAAUAGCGCCAAACAGUUCUUGUUAUACCUCCUUAAAAACGGUCGCCUCGGAUUACAGACAUCGCAGCGCUCUGAUUGAAACUGUGGAACACCCCAAAGUCAAACACUUGAAAAGUCUAGAUAGUGGGGGGGGGUUCUCAUUAAAAAUGUAUUUCUGUUUAUUUAGUUUGGAAUAUUUUUGUAUAUUUAAACAUUUGCAAUUCAAAAAAUGUUAAAAUUAGUUACUCAGAAACACCAUCUUGCGUAGUUGAUGGUCACACUGUCAUAUAGCUCCACAUUCUUUCCCACAGAUGUGUUUUAUUUUUUAAGAAUGGCUUGUGUUUGACUUUGAAGGUUCCGCUGUAUCCCCCCCACUCCCAAACGGUGGCUAUUUAGUCACCAGAGCGCAAAGUAUCUCCGUGUGCAGGCCAAGUCUGCCUUCACAUUCAAGUGUAGUGUGCGUACACUAUAGAUCUCCGUGUGCUUUAAUGGCCUCCAGAUCCACCUUAAUCCAACUAAGACCAAUAAGUGUAUGAAAAAAAGGACUUGCACUUAGGGAUGUGUAACAAACAUGCAAGUUUUUCUUUGUGAGACUUGACAAUUGAGAGAGGAAAAAAAAACAAAAGCCUGGUUUUAUUUGUUAAGUAUUUAUUCAUAUCAAGAUAUGUGUAUUGUGUGAUUCAAUAAUUAUUUAUAUGUUGUCCUGAAAUGAAUUAUUUUUAUUAAGAAAUUUGAAUUCUGUUUACUGUGUUUUUUGUGUGGGCUCAUUGUUUCACCCUACUUGCGUAAUGCUUUCAGUAAUAGUCAUGACUCAUCAAUACUACAUGCACAAAUAGAGCAACUAUAGGCAUACAGCUGUUCUCGUACUUUUAUACCAAGUACCAACAUUAUGACCAAUAGUAACUUAGUAAACCUAAGUGUUGACACUCAAAAUG